AUUUGGGCUGAUGCUGGCCAUCCUUUUAAUCGACAAGACGUGUGCAAGUCCUCUGAAUGCAAGACGAAAGACCCCGAGCCUCCUUGUAAAGAAGAGACAGAAGCUUCUUCAACUCUAAACGCAUUAGAACUCGAUUCAGCUACUCUUGCUCGAACUCAGCAUAUCAGUGAUUUGGAACCUUUACCAGGAGCAUCUACAGUUUCUGGAAUUAAGACGACAUCACUGACUGAACUCUCGGAGAAGAAAUUGAAUAUUCAAAGAGAUGCAUCGAGAUGUGAAGGUACUUAA